UCCUGUCCCACCCCUCAAGAGAGUGCUUCAUAGCUAAUUAAAUGCUUUUAAUGUGUCAUGAUCUUUGGAAUAUCGGAAACAUGCAGCCCAUUUAUACAUGGCAAUAUUGUAAGGGCCUGUUUUCAUGCUGUAGGACUCUAUGACUGUAAUUCAUGAGGUAACAAAGGACUGCUUCUCUACAAUUCUGCACAAGACCGCCCCACAUUCAAUCCACAUUGUUGGUGUAUCACUGAAGUGGUGAUAUCAUUUGAUUGACACAUUGCCAUAUCUUCCAAUGUUUUUAAUAUAUUGUAAUCUCAUUGUUUCCUUCCUUUCAGAGUGCAUUGGGAGUGUGACAACCAUGAGUAGUUCAGAGAAUGAGGUUGGCAGCAGCUUGGGAACCUCAACUUAUUUGGAUGAAGUUCCUUUUAAAAUUUCUCAGAAGUUCCAGAUUGUUGCUUUGGAAGAACUCAGAUGGAGCUCUGCACGAUCGGUUCCCUGUGUGCCUGAAAGCACUGAGACAACGGCACACGCACAGUACGACUUUACGCUGGAAAAGAAGGUCUUGGAUUGGGUGCAAAACCGAUUCCUCAAGGAAGCUCCAAGGAUUGUCCCAUCGUGUCCACCAUUCUGGCUUGCAUUUCCCGAUAUUGAGGGAGAAGAUGAAAGAAAUAAUGAAUUGCGUCCGGCCAAAUCACAAAUGGAACAUUUGUUUCUCAGCACCAGGAGGUGCAGGAGUUUCAGUGUGACAGAUAUUAGACAUGUCUGCUCGAAGGUUGUGUACAAGUCAGACUCAGAGAGCGACGAUGGUUACGCAGAGGACGAUGAACUCUCGUCAUCCGACGAAGGCGAGAGUCAGAAGCUUCCUUCAAUACCGUUUCUCCCGAACAAGUCCCAUGUUCAAUCACGAUUCCUAGACAGGAGGCCAGCUUCGUCGCCGGAUAAUCCCUACAGAAGUCGGCAGAAUGAGAAAUGUUUUAGUACCAGCUUCACAAGACUGCCUCACAUCACUGGACUGAGGCGCUCUCCGCUCUCUACCAACACUGAUGGUGAGGAACCGGGUAGAAGGCACCCGUUGACUUGGUCACCAGUGUCCGCACCCAGAAAGCUGCCAACAAAACUUUCCCUUCAGCACCCGAACAACAGGAACGGCAAAAAUAAUUUUGGCCAAUUUUUCAUUGGAAGUCCACCGCUUUCCCCUGCCCAGUAUCACGUGGAUAGGUCACCUCUGAACAGAACAAGAACUCCAGUCAGGAAAUACAACCCACCAUUUCAACCCCGCAGUGCCAACUCCAGCCUCCCAGCUCCCCUGACAGCUCCUAGGCCUCUGAGUUCCCGCAAGCCUCUCCUGGACUCAACUGCAGACCUUCUCAGUCAGAGAGAACAAGACCUGAUUCAACCGCUCCUGAGGCAGGGUUAUCCCAUCAGCAGAGUGAUCUGGGCCAUCCAGAACAUUGGACAAGGCAGUACACAACAGAUCCUCAAGUACCUGCGAACCCAGGAUCGCCUCUGUAUGGAGGGCUACAAGGGGAGACUUGUCAAAGAAGCUAUGGAGAUUUUUCAAAAUUCUGAGGAAAAGGCAAAGGAAUUCCUGACCCUCAUGACGCAGUUCGAUGAGAUGGGCUUUCAUCAUGAAGAUAUUAAAGAAGUUCUUCUCAUCCAUAACAACCAUCAAGAAAGAGCAUUUGAGGAACUCGUGGCUCGUUCCCGGUAGACAACAAAGGAAGGAACUGCAGAUGCUGGUUUACACUGAAGAUAAACCAAAAUGCUGGAGUAACUCAGCGGGACAGGCAGUGUCUCUGGAGAGAAGGAAUGGGUGACGUUUCGGGUCCAGACCCAUCUUCAGAUUCCUAAAUGUGUAAUAACUAAAUGUGACUUUGGCAACAUUCCUUGUGACUCAUUUUCACUUUGAUGUUAGUUUUGAAUUACAUGCCCUUUGUAAGUCAUCCUCCCAUCUGAAAGGAAGUGUGGUGGUUGGGGUUUCAUUCUGUUAUUACUGGAUGAUUCUAAUAUUAUUCAUUGAACUCUCCGAGCUGUGUGUGUGAGCCAGGACUCUACUUUGACAGAAGUACUCGUUAUUCCCACUCUUGGACAAACCCAAACACAAAAAUAAACCAUGUAUUGAAAUUAAAUUUCAGAUAUUAGCACAUACUUUAUGGCUGAUGUAUUUGUGUAUAAUUCCCUGGAACCUAUUUAAGACAUUAUUCCCCAUUUUAGACAUGAAUUCAUCCAUUUUAAUGGAAAUAUUAAAAGGUUGCUUAUCCGUUCCUUCUGCAUUAAAAAACCAUAAACGCAAGUGUUAAAACAUUUCACUUUGUAUGUGACAUGCGAUCCAUGCAAUAUACUAUAAGUUUGAUCAUCAUGUUAUGGAUUAAUUUGUCUCUGCUGCUGUUGUGCUCAUGUAAACAUUAGUAACACAUCAACUAUAGGUACCAUGUAAUCCCGUGCUACCUGCUCCAUGGUCAGAUAGUCGGUGACUAAACCGUCUCCCCCACCUGGUUUGCCAGGUGAGGAGGGGGCUGUGGACCCCCAGAAGGACCAAAAACAAGACCUGCCAAAGGGCGGAUGAGCUUCUAGCGAGUCAAUGGCCAUCCACACUUCAGUAGAUGUUGCGAUCACUGUCAUACAUAACAUUGUAAGGAAUGAUGAUAAAGCACACACACCAAAACCCUAUACUUCCAGCGGCGGAAGUCGCAGGAACUGGAGGACAGAGAUGUGUGGUGCGUCCGUCACUGUUCCCGUUGGAAACCAGCACCACUGCAUCGCUAAUGUUUUCAACGAUGGUGAAUGAAUGAAAAUAAAUGAUUAUAGUCUGUUCAAAGGUGUCAUUCAAAGUAAAAAAAUCAAUGGGACAUGUGCUCUGUAGCCUUACUUUGUAAAUUAUUGAUUAAAACAUGUUAAUAGAAAUAAAAGUCAUGCAUAAAAACUCUAAUCUAUUGUUUGUUCAUAUUCUAAGUUUGAUCAAUUGAAUAUUUAACUAAAUUCAUUUUACGAGGUUCCUUAUUUUCAGCAGACAGAAUUUGUAGGAAGCAAUUGCAGAUGCUGGUUUACACUGAAGAUAGACACAAAAUGCUGGAGUAACUCAGCGGGGUCAGGCAGCACCUCUGGACAAAAGGACUAGAUGACGUUUCAGUUUGAGACUGUUCCACAGACCUUUGGACAGUCUUUUGGACCUUCAGUCUGCAGAAGUGUCUCGACCUGAAAUGUCACCUAUUCCUUCUCUCCAGAGAUGCUGCCUGGCCUGCUGAGUUACUCCAGCAUUUUGAGUCUAUCUUAUUUUUAGCAACGUGGGAUGUUGGACAUAAAAUGGAUGUGUCCCUGGAUGGAGAGUGGAGGGGUGGGUGUGAGGACGUACAGAGUGGCCAGU